AUGACAAAAACCAACCGUGACGAGCUUAAGAGUACCAAUGACAGUGAGCUUCCUUGGAUGGCAAAAGGUAGCCAAAGUUCAACCAGGCGUGACGAGAAAGCUAUUGUACGAGUUGCAGACUCAGAUGUUGAGAACAAAGACAAGAGUUCAUCAGGCACAGUAGCAAAAGACUCAGAGCCUGGAAAGCUUCUAGGUCAGCAUGUGGCAGAAAGAGUAGGGCGUGUUCCAAUGAAGAAACGGGGAAUCAUGGUCCCCUCCCUGUCACCAAGAAAGUCAUCUGGUCGACGUGGAAUCUCAGAACAUGUUUCGAAGUUUAACCCGAAGAAUAAUAGCAGUGGUCGUGACUUUUCUGGUAUUGAGAUACUUGCUGAUGCUGCUUGUAAUUUGAGCAAUGAUCGUGCACCAUCUGUUGAACGUCUGCCUGCAGAAAAACCUGUUGUUCAGCAGCAAGAUGUCUCGACCAUAUUGCCCCGUGCGGUUGAUGAUUCCACAGAUCAUGUGGUGCAAGGCAAGAACGAAACUGUAGCUCCUCAAAAAUCUUCGUUUGAUUUGGCUGAUGAGAAGGGUAUAGAACACAUCAUGGCGGGCGUAGGAGGUAUGGUAGUAGCUACUAAAGGAGAAAGUGAAAGUGAAAAUUUAGCACCUGGUAAUGGAGUUUUCAUAAAGUCAGAGAAAUCAAUGGCCAGUGAACUCACUGAGAAGAAGAAUCUUAGAUUACAUUGGGACUUAAAUGUUUCUAUGGAUUCUUGGGGUCCACCUUGUGAUGUAGAAGAUGAUGCCUCUGAAAAAGAUGUAAAGGGAGCAAUCACAAAUCCAAUGCCCCCUAGAGAGAGCGAACCUAUUGAUGGAAGUAAGGACGACCAUGUAGAUGGGUUUGUUGUAUCAGCUGGGCAAAAAAAGUUUUCAUCACCAUGUGGUCCUAAGGCUGAAGCAGCUGUUGGAAACGGCAAUGAAUUCAAAUAUGACUAUAACUCCCCGCUUGAGGAUGGAGAGUUAAGGGAGCCAUACCAUGGGAGGAAAAACAAGGUUGAGGAUGGAGAGACUGAGCCAGAGGAUGAAGGAUACUACCCCAUGGCUGAAAGUAACGACAACAAGAUGAAGGAUUCUGGUAAGGGAAUCUUUGAAGGGACUAAGUUGGGACCAUUAAAGAGUAAAUCUCAUGAUGCAUUGAGGAUUGGAGAGGCUCGUGACAGAAGGAACACGGAAAAGAAUGUUGGGGGUUACAAGAAUGAUUUGCAUCUUAAGAAGCGGUCUUCUUCUUCUUCUUCUUCUUCAAGGAGGUAUGCGUCAAAACCAUUUAAGGAGUCGUCUUCACAUGAUGCCAUCCCGAGGACAAGAUCUGAUGAUUAUGAAGAGUCGAGGAUGGAUCCAUAUAAGUCUUCUGGGAGACAUGAAAGGAGUUCUGGUAGAGGACAUUUUAGCGGUUCAGGUUCAAGACCUCGCUAUGUUUUUGAGCCUCCACACCCUGAUGAUCGACGUAUGAUGGGCGGCUUUGAUCAAUCAGGAUCAGAGUCCGGGCAAGGAUCACAACCUGAUGGUUAUGCACGUGAGCGUUUCUCAAAUGGGGGAUACCACGGUGGUCGGUUUAGAAGGUUUUCAAAUGGUGAAGAUCGUGGCUCGAGGGGCAGGCACGGUGAUGAUAAUAACCAGUUUUCUGGUCGGAUGCACAACUGGAUGAGUGGUGGUAAUAGGAGAGAAAGAGGUCACUCUCCGGUCUUUAGGAGAUGUAGAAGUCGCUCUCCAGUCCCGUGGAACGGUCGAGGUAUAUUAUCUCCUCCUCAUGAUGGGUUUGGAGCCGAGGAGAGGAUGAUGGAGAGAGUGAGGUUUCCUCUCCAGAGACGGUUUCUUGAAGAUCAAGAAACAGGUUUCAUGUCACCUCCAAGAAACAGAAUGCCCUCGCAGAGAUUCUUUGAAAGGAAGAGCUAUGAUUCUGGAGCGAGUCAUAAUAGCUUCAGGGAAAGGAGGUUUAGGCCUGGCCAAAGAGAUGAUGCUGGAAGUACUUCGAGAAGACAGAAUUCUGACAACAGCAACUACUUUAUACCCUUCAGACGCCAAAGAAGAUUUGAUAGUGAGGAAAGUAGCACUGGCGGAAACAAGUUUGAGAUGAGUCAGCAGCAAACUAGGCGGGCUGAAGAUGGCCGUGAUCAUGUUCAGUGGGAGUAGCCAACAACAACGGCGACGAUAAAGAGUAAUGAGAACAAAAUAACAUA